AUGUUGUAUUCACCACAACCUGGAUUAUGUGAUCAAUGCAAAUUUCCAUUUAUUAAUAAUAAUAUGAAUAGAAAAUCAACAAAUACAUUUACCUUAGAGGAUCUUAUUGAUGAUAAUAAUAUGAAGAUAAAAACAAAAAAGAGAGAUGAUGAAAAUUCUAGGAAAAUAGAUAAAACUUUAGAUAUUUUAUCUAAACUUAUAAUAGAAGUUAACCAAAUAGAAAAUUG